AUGACGCACCAUCAGCACGUUUACGACUCCGUUCUCGACACGCUGCUUUCUUUUGGCAGCCGGGGAGAAACGAGGACAAGCGGCCUUAGAAACAGCAGUAUAAUGGAGGAUUGGACGAGCACAUCAACUUCAACAUCGUCAGCAUCGUCCAGAAGAAGCACCAGACCUAAAAGGAGGCACGGCAAUACCAGCACAUCCUUCCUUCCGUCCUCCAGUUAUCAAGCGACCUCCACUCCAACCUCCCUAACUCAACUUGCCUCCAUGAGUGAGAGAAUGCACAGUAUAGCGAAGGAUUCUUUGGUGGAUCUUGGGAAAAUCGAUUCGCUUGAUGACCACGCGAAGAAUAUAGUGUCUGCACUAGAAAUGUACGCCUAUGGACCAAGCCCAAGAUACUAUGGACCUGCGAGUAGUCCAGAAGUGAUCGCAAGAGCACAUGAUAAAUGAUGACGACGUACGUUUGAAUUUGAUGAAAAUCAAAAUUAUUGUACAGGAAAAAUAGGAGUAGAAAAAUUGAAGAUGGGACGAAAUAAUUCUUCGCAUUCUUGCAAAGAAAUUUUCUUGCUCCGACUACAAUCGGAUGAGAAUACAC